AUUCAAACCAAUUCAGAUAAGAUCAUCACAAGAACAACCACAAAUGACAGAACCAUUCUACUAAGCUCAAAUUCAAUGCAAAACAACACUACAUACACUCAACAUCAACAACAACCUUUUCUAUCUUCUUAACAAUCACAAAUGUCGCUCCUACAAUUCCAAAUGACCUCUAAAGCAUUGUUCUCUCUUUCUCCAUCCUCCCAUAACUUCAGACCCAAAACCCUCCAUCAAUCUAAGCGUCUCAACUUUGGUACAACCAAAGUUAGAGCCAUUGGCACAGUCCCUGAGAGGGACUCAGGGACCACUGAACCUGAAGAGCCACCCUCUGUUGGGUUCGCAUUUUUCAGUUCUGUGUUGCUACCAGAUGGAACACCAGAUGUGCACUACCGUUCUGCUUGUGGUGGGCAGAAGCUUAGGGACAUAAUGAUAGAUUCUAAUAUUGAACUCUAUGGACCCUAUGCUAGAGCUUUGUUAAAUUGUGGAGGAUAUGGAACUUGUGCGACAUGUAUGGUGGAGGUUCUUGAAGGAAAGGAGCUUCUAAGCCCUCGCACUGAGAAAGAGAAUGAAAAACUGAAGAGGAAACCAAAGAAUUGGAGAUUAGCAUGUCAAACAACUGUUGGUAAACCAGAUUCCACAGGGGUGGUUGUGAUCCAACAACUACCAGAGUGGAAAGGGCAUGAAUGGAAAUAUGAAAAACCUGGAAAAUCAGAGUCUUCGUGAAGCAUUUUUGUUUUUGCUUUAUUGCAAAUCGUGAAGAAAAUCUUCGAAACCUGUAAUUAGGAGUUAUAUUAUGUCGUUUAGAGUCACUUCAACGAAACAAAAAAAAAUAUUAUGACUAAUAUAGUAAAGCUUGUUGCAUUUUAA